CUUCCCCUCACGUGGCACCAUCCCUUUGUUUUUGUUCCAUUCUAUAUAAUCUCCUUUAUAAGUCCCCCCAAACCCACCUCUUCCUCUUCCUCCUCUUCUCGUUAAAAAGCUGAGUUGGGUCUCUGUGUGUUUGUUCCUAUCUACAGUUCUCUCUUCCCCCCCCCCCCCCNCCCCCCCUUCUGAAGUGGGUGAGUAUAUAUGGCUUUAGAAGCGGUGGUGUUCCCACAUGGGCUCUUGGGUUACACCAUGAAGGAGCUUUGCUCCAUGGGGGGAGGAGGAGGAGGAGGAGGAGGAUGUAGCCAUGGCGAACUUGGUUGGUUUGAAGAGGAGGAGGAGAAAGGGGUGCUUUUGGGUUACUUAGAGGAGGGUGGUGGUGGUGAUGAACAAAGUGGGAAAAGAAAGUGGGAUGUGAAUUGGGUGGACACUUCUUGCUCCUCAAUGGUGGGGGUUUUUGAGGAGUGGGAUAACGUGAAUUCGCUGUCGCCGCCACCGGAGCCGGCUGGGGGGCGGCGGAAGAGGCGGCGCAUGAAGAGUAUCAAGAACAAGGAGGAGGUGGAGAACCAGCGUAUGACCCACAUUGCCGUCGAGCGCAACCGCCGCAAGCAGAUGAACGAGUACCUCGCCGUCCUCCGCUCCAUCAUGCCCCCUUCCUACGUUCAAAGGGGUGAUCAAGCAUCUAUCAUAGGGGGCGCCAUAAAUUUCGUGAAGGAGCUCGAACAGCUCCUCCAAUCCCUCGAGGCCCAGAAGAGAAGUAACGAGCAACAUUCCGAAUCCGCGCCGUUCGCCGAGUUCUUCACGUUUCCCCAGUACUCGUCGUACACCGCGCGAAGCCCGAAUGCCACUGCCGCGAUGGUCGCGAACGAAUCGGCGGCCGCGGCGGAGGAGGCGAAGGGGUCGGCGGCGGCGGCGGAUAUCGAAGUGACGAUGGUGGAGAGCCACGCGAAUUUGAAGGUGCUCGCGAAGCGGCGGCCGAAGCAGCUGCUGAAGCUGGUGGUGGGGCUGCAGAAUCUGCGGCUCACCACGCUGCACCUCAACGUGACCACACUUGAUCGAAUGGUCCUCUACUCGUUUAGUCUCAAGGUGGAAGAUGAUUGCCAACUCUCCUCAGUCGACGACAUCGCGGCCGCAGUUCACCACAUUGUCGGGAAAGUUGAAGAGGAGGCGGCCAUGUUGUAAUUACCAAACUUAUUAACUUGCUUGUAAUCCAUCCUAACCAUAAAUGCGUCGCAAUCUCUCUUGGCUUUUAGUCAGCAAAUGUUUGUUAAUUUGUGCUUUACUUUUGCUGAGAAUAUGCAUGGUUUGGAUGCAAGUAAUGUCUAAGCCUACGUGUAUAACGAGUUUUUGUUCCUUUUGUUAAUUAGUCUCUCUCUAAGAUAAUAAUGAAUGGGCAUUCCAAAA